UGAAAGGUGAGCGGCGCAGGAAUUACUUCCUUUCUUUUCAGGGCGGCCAUUGAGCUGGAGCGAAAAUGGGCAAGUUUAUGAAACCAGGGAAGGUCGUCCUUGUUCUUGCAGGGCGCUACGCUGGCCGCAAAGCUGUCAUUGUAAAGAACAUUGAUGAUGGCACCUCAGACCGUCAGUACAGCCAUGCCCUGGUUGCUGGCAUUGAUCGCUAUCCCCGUAAGGUUACUGCCACCAUGGGCAAGAAGAGAAUUGCCAAGCGGUCCAAGAUCAAGUCUUUUGUGAAGGUUUACAACUACAACCACCUCAUGCCAACCAGAUACUCUGUUGACAUCCCUCUUGACAAGGCUGUGGUGAACAAGGAUGUUUUCAGGGACCCAGCUCUGAAGCGCAAAGCCAGGAGGGAGGCCAAAGUAAAGUUUGAGGAGAGGUACAAGACCGGGAGAAACAAGUGGUUCUUCCAGAAGCUGCGAUUCUAAAUCACUGUUCAUUUUGUCCAACAUUAAAGUUUAUGAAAAACA